UUAUUCCAAUGAUUACACUCAUUAUAAAUUUGCAUUUUCAAUGGUUGUUAGUGAUGAUAAAUGUUAUAAAAAUUAAAGAAAAUUGACAACGAUGGACGAUGACGAGUUAUUUUAGUUUGAACCAGUUUAAAAACCUUUCGUACCUGUAGCUCUUAAAAAAGCGCAUUUUCCAAAUGACAAAAAGCCAGUGGAAAUAAUUGUUCCUUAAUGUUUUAAUGCUCUGAAUAUUUCAAAAGCUGCGCUAUUAAAUCUUAUUGUAUAUUCUUCACGAAGUUUUUCACAGACUGUAUGGAUGGCGUAACGAAUUGUAAAAUAUUGGGCGCACACACGAUAAAUGAAAGUUGCCUAGCCUGUCUGCAAUAAGUAGCUAACAUUUUCCACGACCUCAAACAAGGGAAGUUAAUUUUUAAAAUAGACACCAAUCCAAAUUGGUGUCUGUGUAAACUUACUACAAAUAUAACAACUUCACUGAGAGUCACAAUAUAUUAAUCUAAAUCAAAUGCAGUACGGAGGGAAACAGUACAACAAAAACAACACAGAAUUGAUUGAGGUUCGUUGUUUCAUUUUCAUAAUCGUUUUCUGUACCAUUGAUUUUUAAUCUCAACUCAUUUUCUGUCAAAAAUAAAUCAUAAAAUAGGUAAAACGAUUCUUAUCUGUUGCCCUCAGACAAUUAUCAAAUAUUUAAAUAUGACAAAAAAUCACUAGUCAUUUGCUUCAAUUGCAUAUUUCUUUCUUUGGACCUGCAGCUUUUUUCGUAUUUUCAUUUUAAAUUGCAUCUGCUUUUGAGUGGAAGUAUAUCGUCGCUGUCGUUCUCAAACCUCGUAGCUACAAAAUGCCAACUUUUCAGGAGAUAGAAAAAACCGUCUCAUUUUUUUAUAACGAUGUUUUAGAAAUUGAAAUUUUGUAAAAAUACCAAACAAAUGAAGCUUCAAAAAACGGUAUAAGCCGUAGACGCGUAAGUCAUACUGAUAAGUCAUACUGACAGUCAGACAUGGUAGCUACGAUAUUUUGUCACCACAGUUUUGUCAUUUUAAUGAGGUACGACAAUUCGUCCUGAUAGGAAACCUCGUAGUUGCAAAUAAUUUUUUUUAUAAAAACGUUUUUGUCAAAUUUGUUCAAACGAAACGACGUACCUAUAGGUGAAAUGGCGUCGCUACGACUUUUCGCCGGGAAAAAAGCCAACAAUCAUUCUACAACAUUUCGUCACGUGGCUUUUUCAAGGGCUCUGAUUGGCGUAAAGCUACGAGAUAUAGCACAAAACACGCGCCAGACUUUAUAUAUUCGGAAAAGACGAAAAAAAUAUUUAGAAAUUUUGGAGCUACGAGGUUAGAGAACGACAGCGACGAUAUUUGGAAAUGGUCCUCUUUUAUAUAAGAAAUAUUCAAUUAGACAAUUAACAAGCUGGAGAAGAUCUGUUUUUGCUCUGUGGAAGGUGUACAUUUUCUUGCUGGACAUAAGAAUUAUGCCUGUGAUCCCAAGUGUGUUGAUUGGUUUAUAAAAAAAAUGUCUUUUUGCUGAAUAUUUUGAUAUGUAAGCAACAGUGUAAAUGGAUCAGUUUCAGUUUUUAACAGCACAAUUUUAAAGUGUCAUUUAUUUAGAAAAUUUUGGAGCUACGAGGUUUGAGAACGACAGCGACGAUAUUUGGAAAUGGUCCUCUUUUAUAUAAGAAAUAUUCAAUUAGACAAUUAACAAGCUGGAGAAGAUCUGUUUUUGCUCUGUGGAAGGUGUACAUUUUCUUGCUGGACAUAAGAAUUAUGCCUGUGAUCCCAAGUGUGUUGAUUGGUUUAUAAAAAAAAUGUCUUUUUGCUGAAUAUUUUGAUAUGUAAGCAACAGUGUAAAUGGAUCAGUUUCAGUUUUUAACAGCACAAUUUUAAAGUGUCAUUUAGUUAUUCCUACCUUACCUACCAUAUUGACAUAUGUUAACAGUCCAGUGAAUGGAAAUAUUUUUUAUGAACAAAUAUUUCUGGAGAUCUGGAGGUUGUAUAAGCACAUGUUCUGCAGGCGAUCUAGUGUUUUUUGCAAAGGUUGUUUACUUUUUAUGUCCCCCACCAGUAUAGUGGAGGACAUAUUGUUUUUGUGCUGUCUGUUGGUUUGUGUGUUUGUUCGUUUGCCCCAACUUAAACAUUUGCAAUAACUUUUGCAAUAUUGAAGACAGCAACUUGUUACUUGGCAUGCAUGUGUAUCUCAUGGAGCUGCACAUUUUGAGUGGUGAAAGGUCAAGGUCAUCCUUCAAGGUCAAAGCUCAAAUAUAUAGCUUCAAAGCGGCGCAAAAGGGAACAUAGUGUUUCUGACAAACACAUAUCUUGUUUGCAUUUUUUUUUCACUUGAGUUUAUAGCAUGGUGUUUUUGUGAUGAACAAGGAGAUGUUAUUAAUUUGUCCGCCUGGGUGUUAUAAUUGGUAUGCAAUAAUUAUUAGUUUGUGUCCAUUUUGAUUGGAUAUUAAGGCAUAUAUCAAUAGUUGAAGUUUUGUUCAUAGGAUUUAUUAGGUUUUAGUUUUAGUUUAACUAGGGUAAAAAAUGAUAGAAAAGUUUCCAUAAAAUUGUUUAUCAUGCAUCAAUAAUAUAUGAAAUGUGCACAGGGGUUGAAGAAUCCACUCGACCGCUCGCAUAUGCGAGUGAAGUUGACGGUCGGGCGAGUAAAUUUUUUAAAAUACUAGACCGACCGGGCGAGUGCUGUUUUUCAAGUUGAGAAAUAUAAAUUCAGUUCCAGAACUCCUUCCACAUCGAUACAAAUUGCGAACAAUUUUUUGAAUGAACAAAAAAUACCUUUAGUCCACAAAGAAACUGCACUUUCGUUUUGACAAUGAAAAAUGAUGUCAUGGGCACAGUAAAAAUAAUUCUCAAAAUCGGCUGCGCUCUUUUCGUCGUUGUCAGUGCUCCUAGCUAAUCGAUUAAAAGUGAAUAAAAAUGUUAAAUAUAUUGGUCAUUCCGUGAAUUUUAAUGUAAAUAUCAAUAAAACAAUAAUACAUCACGGUUAAUUAUAAUACUUCUUAUAGUCAUUAAAAAUAAACAGAAAAAAUAAUUAUUAAUAAACAGAAUAAUUCCGAAUUUCGUGAUCAGAAGCCUUAGGCAAAAUUUACCAUCUAGUAACCGUUUGUCAAUCAAGUGUGUCUUUCAGUAAAAGUUCGUCUGAAAUAUUAAAAUGGAAAAGGGUUCUAUUUUAAAAUAUCUGCAAGGUGGUGGCGACAGGGAACAGAAAGAAUUAGAAAGGUUGUCAAAACGAGAAGCGGAAAGAAUUGAGAAAGGGAAAGAGGUGCAGAAAACGUAAGGAAAGCAAAUAUAAUCCAUCAGAUAAUGUAGUUAAUUUGUUUGCAGUUUAGUGUCACUAUGUUUAGUAGGUUUAAAAGGUUCUGGUUGAUCAUAACUAUAAAUAUAAAUAUCUAUUUUUUUAAUACAGGGCGAGUAGAUUAAAGUGAAGGGCGAGUGGAUUGUCAGGCCUACUCGCUCUGCAGGGCGAGUGGCUCUGGAAAAAUUCUUCAACCCCUGGUGCAAAUAUGUAACCAUAUUUAGAUAAUAAGUCAACAAGUAGCUAGAAAUUGAAAAUAAGAGUGCCCAGUUACAGUAGAAAAUUAACAACUUAAAAUUAUGCUUUCAGUUUAACCAUUUUAAGAUGCUGAGCGAUGUCUCUUGACAUAUGAUUCCAGCAAGGGAAUAAAGCUUAUUAUUUUACAUCACAGUUGCUAUGCCCAGCUUUUGACACACUGUAUAUUCUUACAAUAAUUUGUAGAGUGCUAACUUGGGUUAUGUAUAAUUUAUGUGUAAACUAUAAAAAUUAAAUGCAUAUGAUAUAUAUUGCACACUUAGUAAACUUAUACCAUAUUGCUAAAUGGGAAACUCUGUAUAUCAGAUAGUGGCAGUUUUUUUCAGCCCUUCAACAUACAAUUUUAAUGUUGCUAAUUGGCACUAUAUUUGAUAACCAUAUGCAAAUGAAAUGUUAUUUUGUUUUUCAACUUUAAAGGUAACAAAUUUAUGAUGUCAUUUGCAUCCUUUCAGCUUGUAUGAUAUUUUUACAAGAGUUUUUGUGCGUCAUGUAGAGGUAUAUUAGUGAAGUGAUCAUUUCAGCCAAAACCAAAGCCUGUUCCUACCUGGGCUUUACCAGGUAUGCAGGAAAUGAUGGAGAAACGAGCCUCAGCCAAUCAGAAGACUGAAAAGGAAGAGACAGAUGUUAAACUCCAAGUUCCAAGAAUACAAGUAGACGAAGCACCCGAGGAGAACCUUGAUCCAGACACUUUCGAUUACGAAACAGAUUAUCUUGCCAAGACCCUGAAUGGACAUGAUAACAACGAGGUGAAAGAUAACAUUGCCAACUAUGAGCAAGAUGAAGAAGUAGCAGAGGAUUCUCAGAAAUACCAAGUUGUGGACCCUGUUCUGGAGUCUGGAGUUGUCAUCCGUUGUUAUGAUGAUAGAAUUGUGGCCCUUAAUGAAGAGGAAAAUGAUGUGACCCAUGAUCAGGAUGUCAGAGUGGCUUCCCUUGAUGGAGAUGAAAGAGAUGUGACCAAUAAUCAGGAUGUCAAAAUAGCAGCCUUUGGGCGGGAGCCUGAAGUUGAUGCAACUGUUGAUGAGGAAGAGGAAAUGCAGGUGGAUAUUUGUUAUGGAAUGAACCUGUAUGGAUCCCAUAGCCCUGCUUGUGUGUGGAAUGUUGUUGUUGUUGUUGAAGAGAUUAUGAAUAGUAUUACCCAUGCAGCAUCGUGUUAGAUAUGAUCAGUAUUUGUAUGGUUUGAUGUGUCAGAUCCUAACUUUUAGUUGUUUCAUUUUAAUUCUUUUUAGUGGAUGGCCCCAACUUGCAAAGUAUGCAUUAAAUAAUGAGAAUGUAAACAUGUGAAUAUGAAGUGUUUUACUGUUAACAGUGAUACAUUGUUGAGGUUUUUGUUAACAGUUUUUGUUCUGAUUGUUCCCCAUGAUUAUUACAUUUUGUUAUACUUUUGUUAAUGUUCUUGAUGCCAAUAGUGUUGUUUAUUCAAGAUUGGAAUUCCAGCUUGUUUUCUCUCCUCUUGGAGCUCACUCUACAUUUGAUUUAAAGCCAAGAAUAUCAGUUAGCAAGAGACUUUGAUAAUGUCAUUUGGGAACAGAAAUUCAUGAUAUUGUUUGGCCAAAGAAUGUUGAUGAUGUCAUUUGGCAAAUACCUUUUUACUGAAGGUUUUUGAUGGUUAAAAUUUGCUAUAGAACUUUUUUAUGGAAUUGCAGCUUGUUCUCACUUAUUUGAUACAAGCGUUGUGCACUGAAGCAUCUCAUAGAUAUACAUGUAUUGGAAAUUGCUCUCUGCAAAUACUGGACAAUGACAUAUCUUAAUAUAUUUUUUGUAUCCAAACGACCUUCAUGACCGCCUUUUUUAGAGAAGGUUGAAAAACUGCCACAAACAUUUUAUUUACAACUGAAUACUAUGUUGAAUGAAUGAAGGAUUGUAGUUCUUAAAAAUAUAUAAAUACAUGUAAUUGCAUGAUAGUUGUACAGUAAACCAUGUACCAAAAUUAACUGUUAUAGUGAACUAAUUCCUAAAAAUGUAUCAUACUGCACUUAUGUGAACAUGUUAGUGUCUAACCAGCAAGAGGAAGUUGUGUUUUUGUUUGUGUGAUACAUUAUGCAUAUAAUCCAAUGUAUGAGUUGCAGUAUUGAUAUGUUUGUUAUGCUGAUAUUGUUUUUAUUUGUUUUGUUGUUUCAUUUUCAGAUUUUGAAAAUGUAAUUUUUAGGGUGUGUGAUGUGACAUGUAAAAGUAAUUGUAAACCAUUUGAUGUCUUUUUCACUAUAUUUAUGAAUUUAUAUCAUUAUUGACAGGAAUGUAUUUUACAUAUCAAUGCAUAUAGUAUUUUGUAUUAUAUAUUAUGAAAAAUAGAUAGUUUUUUUAGCUCUAAUACUUGCAGAAAAAAAUAUAAUUUUGCACUCAGCAUUUAUUUCAUGAUGGAUGUAUAAUCUAGCAACAGUUGCAGGUUUGUUUGUUUCCUGUUGCUGACAGUCCAUUCAUUUUGGUGCUAUGCAUUAUAAAUUAUUGUUAAAAAACCUUAAGGCUCUCAUAUUUUACUGUCUG